AUGGGCAACCUUGGCCCAUACGGCACAUGCCCCAACCUGCAUGCUAUUCUCACUGGAAAACCAACCCCCGCUCCCAAACGUGAGAGCCCCAAUUCCCGUGAAUGGCCUGACCCAACCAAACGCGCAAAGCACCCACCUCAAGGAACUCAUCCCGGAUACCUGAUGUAUGACGGCCUAGGCCAACUUCCAAUUGCCCCUUUCAAAUGUAAACACCCCAUUACCGGCAAACAGGCAGACUUCUGUUCCCAUUUCCUAUUUGCCAACUACCAUUGCAACCGCCCCCGCUGCCACAAUAUCCAUUACACCAAACAGUUUGCAGCAACUAUGGGAUCUGCCGACACCCAGGCAUUUGAAAAAUUCAUUGAAAAAACCCCUGGGGUGACCCGUUCGGCCCCAAAGCCUCAUGGUUAG